UUAACUUUAUUAAUUCAACAAUCGUGUCUGCCUCUCUGUCUCUCUCUCUCUCUCUUUUUUCUUUAAACAAAAUUUGGCACUUUGAUUCUCUCUUCUCUCUUCUCUCUUCUCUCAUACCAACACUUCUCACUUUCACAAACAUUAUUCUUAUUUCAACCUUACAAAAGAAAAAAAUAUAUACACUUUUUGCAACUCGAUCUAUCUGAUCUUCUGUUAUCAGUUACCAAGUCAUGGCUUUUCUUUGGAUCCAAGGUUCUGUCUUUCUUCUUCGCUUCUUCUCUUAAUGGCUCUCUCUGUUUCUUCUCUUACACCCACUUUUCUUUCUGACAGUGUUUUCGAUUCUCAACCGCACACCGGUCGGAACCUUCUUCAGGCUAAAAAAAGUUGUUCUGUGAACUUCGAGUUCUUAAACUACACAGUAAUCACAAGCCAAUGCAAAGGACCCCAGUACCCUCCCAAAGAAUGUUGUGGGGCAUUUAAAGAAUUUGCAUGCCCUUAUGUUGAUGUUAUAAAUGAUUUAACAAAUGAGUGUGCCUCAACCAUGUUUAGUUACAUUAAUCUCUAUGGAAAAUACCCUCCUGGUCUCUUUGCUAGCGAGUGUAGUGAAGGGAAGCUCGGUCUAGCCUGUCCUGCAUUGCCACCAUCAGCAUCAGCAGAUGACACUGCAAAUCAAGUUAUACACUGUCCAUCUCUAUUGUUGAUGCUCACAGCUUGCUUCUUAAUCUUGUUAUUCUGAUAUUUCUAUACCCAACUUUCAUUCUUUUGCAUUAUAUUGAUGUAUAAUCAGUGACCAUUUUUUACAUGUUGUGUGUGAAUUAUUUAUUGAGCCAAAAGAAAAGAAAAGACAAAAAAAAAAAAAAAAAA